AUGCCUGAUCAUCCUUGUUAUCGAGUUGGGAACCAGUCCUCGACAUCGGCUAGCAGAAUCGUCUGCAAGGCUUGUCACGAGCAUUACCGAACCAAGGCAUCAAGUACGAUUGGAGCACCUACAAAAGUCAGUCUUGAGCGUGAACGCGAUUCCAUUCGACUGCAGAAUAUUGAAGGACGGAUUGGCGACGCAUCUCGAGCUGGGGUCAUUGCAGCAGUUCCACAAGUGCUAGAAUCAAUGGGUCCCCCUCAGUUCGUUCCUCACCGACAGGGGUCUGCCUCUGGUCCUCGUCUCUCAUUGCCCAAAUCAAGUUCUUCAAAUAUGGGCAGACAUCAAGCAGGAACGGAACAGUAUUCUUCUAAAGGAUACUCCGCAGCGCACCAACAAUAUCUUCCGUCUCGGCAACGAUGGGCUCAAAUGGCCUACUCUGGAACGCCUCAGGAGAUCGCCACUGUGAAGAUCGGUGUGCGUUAUGAGGCUCCAGGAAAGGAGAACGGUGUUUCAUUUGGGACAAUUAGCGAGGGAAAGAACGUCCAUGCUAAAGCGACUGCGGCAGAGAUCAUCCAACUUGUGAUCGAAGUUGCCACAGCCAAGCUACGUGCAGAGAUUGCAGAUCAAACGAAAUCUAUGUUUACUUUUGACGAGAGCCGAUUUGUGGUCAGAGAGGCCGAAACCUGGAUCAACAUCCACGAGGAACUGCCUGAUCAACCGAUUUUAUACAACCGUUGCCUGAAGAAGGGAAGAAGUCGCGCUGAUCAGGGCAAACUUGUCUACUCUCGUCCUUCAAAGCCCUUCCUCUACGUUUUGGUGAUCAAUUCUAAAGAGUGGCAGCGAUUUUUGAACUUCCAAGAGGAUCAUUUCGACGCCGUAUCGCAGAUUGAAAGUGUCAGCGAAAGGUCAAGUCACAGACCGGAUCCCACAGUGGACGCCUUUCUAGAAGCACCAGUUUUCCGAUUGACGCGUUCCAAGACUUCAACUCUUAGUCAAAAAAAAGCGUCCCAGAGUGCUGUGGAUUCAGACCGCUCUCAAUGGUCUCCAGCUCAUACCACUGGCAUCCAAGUAAUGGAAUCGUCCCUUCAGUCCUUAAGUGCUCGGUCCAGCGUCCAGAAUGGUUCGAUCUUGGAAACUAGCCAGAAGCCGGCCACAAUCUCAUCCGUCGGAUCCGGAUCAAAGAAAAGAUCCGCUGAAGAUGAUAAUGAGCCGCAACGGCAGCGGCCACGCCAUGAUCUUGAUAUUCAUGAGAUCAAGACGGUCGAGGACGUUUAUCACCCUGUGGAUCUCAAGCGCAUGGCCAAAGCGCUUACUUUGAGUGGUUCAGUACCCGCAUCUUCAAGAGAAGCUGCUGCGCACAUCACAGAAACAAUUGAAUUUUUUCGCGUUCGAUCUGCUCCCCUUUCUGUUGUCCUCGAAAGCGCGAAAGCUUUCACCUGUGAUAUUGCUGACAAGGAAGUCGGCUCGCUGUCCCUCAAGACAUUCCUGCCGCCGCUUGGUGUUGGAACAUUCAAAUCCGCGCAUUCAGCCUAUCUCACAUUGGCGUCACUCUCGUCGACACCUUUGGGUGCAGCGCCAAAUCAGCUGGUGGCCCUUAAGCGUAUGUUUACCGAGAGGCACACCCUGAAGCGCUUCAGCCCCGUUGAGGAGUUUCAACAUACAACCUCAGAGGCCAAUCUACUCUUUUGGGGCACAACGUUACUGAACUUCACAUACUCGUUCAUUCGAGAUUACAUUUCAAAGCAUUCUUUGCCGCCCGCAGAACUUCCAAUCUACGCCAUUCGAUUUGUGGAGGUGGGUGUAGCACUGGUUCACGACUCUGCAGCCACGGGAAGUUCCAGCAAAAAUACAUCUUCUCUUCUGCGCUCUUACUUGAUCGAGGAGAUGAUUGAGACAAGAAAAUUUGUCAAGUUCAUUAACAACAACAGUGCCCUUCCUGUUGCAAGUCUUGACCCGGAGUUGUACCCAAUUGCGGUGUUCCUAUGCUUUACACAACAUGUUCAAUACGAGCAUACCGGCAAACUUGUGUUUCUUUCCGAUUUGCAAGGAUCGCGCGGACUCCUGACCGACCCGCAAGUCAUGACCUCACCGACUCUGAAGCGCGGUCUUUUCGGCGGCGGAAACUCGGGGACGUUCUUCGAGAAGUUUCCGGAACAACAUGUCUGCUCUGGGUACUGCAAGUUCUUUGGGUUGAAUGAUCUCCAGAGCAAGGAUUGA